CUCUCAUCAAAACUCGUAUACGUUUGCGCCAUACGGCGAAGCCAACCUGUACGUAAGGUUCAGCGCCCCUGGCGUGACGUACGAAGACGAGGGCUGGGGUCGGGUCGGGAGGCUGGGACACGGAGCGCCUGAAACACCAUGUGGCUGGUGCCGCGUCCGUAUAACCCCAUUCGCGUCACUGUAUGGAGCAGCUCUGCGGGCUAUGCCCCGGCUAGCGCUGAUGUAAUGGGCGCCUGGUAUUGAUCGCAGCGAUCCACUGAUGUCUCAUAUGUAGGAGGGCUGCAAUGCUUUGCUCGGUAUAAAGGCAAACCCGCUCUCAGCUUUCUCUAAGACAUCGUCACUCCAUCCGUCAAUACCACUCCAAUCUCUCAACUACUCUCGCUUUAAUACAAGUACUGACCUCUCCCACUCACCAUCUGACUAUCUCAAACCUCCAACUCUCUCAUCUCUUCUGAAUUACUAUCACAUCUCCGCCACAAUGAAGACCUUCGCAGCAACCGCCCUCCUCGCAACCCUCCUCUCCACCGCCUCCGCCGCAACCGUCACCCUCCAAACAACCCAGUGCCUCCAACCCGUCGACCUCCAAACCUUCACCGUUACUCUCGGCGAGCUCUACACCAAAGAACUACAAGAAGUCUGCGGCAUCAAACUCCUCUCCGCCACCGGCACCGCCCUCAGCGCCGUCUCCUGCCACGCCUACAAAGACGCCGCCGGCACCAGUUCGGGCUCCGCGCCCUUCAACUCGACCUCCCCCGCGCUGAUCGCCACAAAUCCCGUGCAGGUGGGCUCGGUGCUGUGCGUCAACGAUGGCGUACACGCGAGUAGCAGCGGCCUCGUGCCGAAGAGCGUGGGGAACGCGACCACGCCGACGGGGUUUGUGUCGAGCGGGAAACUGAUAGGCACGGGCGUGCCGAGUGGGUUGAGCACUGGGGUCAGGAAUGGGACGGUGACGGCGACGAUGACGCGGACGCCGACGGUUACGAAGGGGGGGCCGACGGGGACGCAGACGGCGAGUGGGACGAGUACGGGGGGUGCGGCGAUGGCGACGGUGGGGCUUGCGGCGGGGUUGGUGGGCGUGGUGGCGAUGGUGUUGUAGGGAGUGUGAAGGGAGUGGUUAUGGGAUAAUGCAUUGGGAUCGGAAAAUGGGUAAUGGUAAUGGCAUUGCAUAGCAUGGGAUUGGACUAACUGGGGAUAUUGCAUUGGGUUGGCGUUUUUGAACUGGCCCCAGCCUAGAUAGAUUAGGCGUAUUGUAAUACGAUAAUGAUGGUGUGCGCGAAGCACACCUCCUCCACUUAUUCAAG